AGUAAAUCGCAGGCUGUAAAUGUAAUCAGAUUUAAAAAUACAAAACAAAAAAAAAAAGAAAACACGCACACACGCGCGCACACAAACAGAUUUUUUGUCUGGCUGGCUCAUAUCGUUCUACUUCUCUCUCCAUAUUCGAGCACUCUCUUUAACCCCAAAGAGAGAGAGAGAGAGAGAGAGAGAGAGAGAGAGAGAACAGGACGAAAUCAAUCAAAAACUCAAUUUUCAGAAACCAAACUCACAAGCAAUGAUGAUCAGAACUGGGACGGAGCAGUUGAAUGACAUGGAAAGCCAAUGCGGUUAAUUUACAGGGACGACAACAGGAACUUCAAGCUGAAACCAGAAGCCGUCGAUGCCCUUAGGCGUAUCAAGGGACCCAUUGACGUUGUCUCUGUUUGUGGCCUUGGUCGUCAAGGCAAAAUCUUCAUUUUGAACCAGAUCCUCGGCAAGAGCAAUGGAUUUAAAGUUGCAUCAACUCAUCGGCUUUCGAUUUGGCAUGCCCCAUUGAAGAGGACACUUGAUGGAACUGAAUAUAGUCUUCUGCUGAUCGAUGCUGAAGGGAUCAAGACUUAUGAUCAAAGAGAAACAUACAGCAGGCAGAUUUUCUCCUUGACAUGCCUCUUGUCGAGCAUGUUUAUCUAAAAUCAUGCAAGUACAGAUUAUUCAGGGGCUUCAUUAAUUAGUUCACUCAAACCAUUGCUAGCUGGGUGGAUAUUUUUUAUAUACCUAAUACAUGAACCACAAAGUACAUAAUGCCACUAUGUGAAGGAUUGUGUCGCAAGAGAUGAUGCCAUACCCAGUAUUGCUUUUGUAGAAGCAAGUGCCAAAGAGAGAGACAAUGAGAUAAAGUCACCAUUGGUGCAUGAGACUACCCAACAGAAGCAGCAGUAGCUCUAUAAGCAAAAACAAUUUCAAGAAGCAUAUAUUAGGUCUAGUAUGUGAGAGAUAAAUGUGUCUUCCAACUAAUCUUUUGUACAUCUCUUUAUUUACAAUAGCAUCUUCAUUAGCUUCUCCAGGUUUAU